AAUUCUGCGUAAGGAGGGCGUUAAAAUUCAGCGUCAGUUUGUUCGCGGAGAAACGAGCGUCAGGUAGAGCGCAGCUUCAAAUUCACAACAUGUGCCUUUAUUGGCGUCUACACAGCGUGUGUUAAAGCACUGGUUCCAGCAGAAGCCCCUGGACGCAGCACGAGAGGAGGUGAAGGAGGGAAACGAACACCGUGAUGAAGUCUGAAAACACAAGCUCACAAAUGUGGACCGAGGUGAAAAACAAUAGCGACACUCGAAACAGCUCGAAGAUGGUUGACCCAGAUCUUCCACGACAGCUUUUACACGCUGUUCAGCAGAGGAAUGGUUCAACAACAGCCGUAACUCAUCCUUCCAGCACAGAGGAGCCUCUAACCCAGAGCAGUGGGAUCAUCCCAGGUGAGAAUCACUCUGACCACAAUCAUGUCAAGUCUGUACAGAUCCAGGAGCCGAUUUGUAAGACAUGCCACCUUGAGUCAACAGCGAACAAAGACCACUUACUUCAGUUGCAAUUCACAAAUAAAAUUGGAGCCACGUUACACCACCAACGGCAAACACGGUCUGAAAACAUCUUAUUUGGCAGGUCAUUUUAGCACAUGACUGAGAACGAAGUUGUAAGGGCGUCUUUAAGGUCACUGCAUCAAUUUAAUCCAUCAGAAAGGCACUCCUUUAGAAACAAGACUUGCUUGCUUUAGAGCUCACAUAUGAGUGGCAGCCAGUAGGACACUUCCUCAUGUUUUUAACACUGUAGAGGGAACGUUGAUGUGCGUUGAUAGGACAUUGGGGCACCAGGGGCCCCCUCUGUGUAUGCCACUGGGAAAAAAGGAAAUGUUUCUGACAAUUUUAGUGCCAUUUCUGUAACACCACCACCAACAGAUUCUGCUAAUUAUUUAGAGACCAAAAAAUAAUUUCCUGUGACCCAAAUGUGGGUCCCGACCCAAUCUCUUAACCGUCAUGUUGUAUUGGAAAGUACAUAAACCAGAUUACUUCAGUGUUGACAACUCACUUUAUUUGUAUUUUUUGUGUGUGUGUGUGUAAUUGUGUUGUCUGACUAUUUAUGUAAAAGAAAUCAACAAACUGAAAGUAGACAUGCCGAUCAAAGCCCUUAUCUUUGUCUCUCUACCUGCCAAACUACUGAACAGGCCAGCAAAUGAAAACCACACCCACUGGCCACUGCUCUCAUCAACUUAUCAUAAAACACUGUGUAUGCAGCUUAGAUAAACUGGUCCCAACACAAACUAAAUAUUAGACUAGUGUGUAAUAUUUCUUUUGUUAUUUAGUUGGGAUGUAAGAAAAUACUGCAAUAUUUUACAACAUGAUACUGUAUUGUUUCUUUGAAGCGCCAUAUGCGUAAGCUGUGUGUGUUUUUCCCUCGUAUAUUUAAGCCUGCCACACGAUUGUGUAGUGGUUAGCACUCUUGCCUUUGCAGCUAGAAGACCUGGGUUGGAAAGAGGGCCUUUCUGCAUGGAGUUUGCAUUUUUCUGUGUGCGUGGGUUUUCUUC